AUGCAGGUGGCGCCUUCUGCCGAGCUGGGUUUUCAUCUGCAGCCUCUACUAGAGGAGCUCGGCCAGGAUGAGUUGAGCAAAUUCAAAUAUCUUCUGAGGGACCAUUCCCUGAAAGAGGAGUUACAGCACCUCCUGCAGACGGAGGUGGAGGAGGCCGGCAGGAAGCAGCUGGCCGACCUCCUCACUGCCCACUGCCCCAGCUACUGGGUAGAGAAGGUGACCAUCCAGGUCUUUUUUUUUUUUUUUAUAAUUAGACGAUAA